AUGGGCAUAUUUCAUCAGACACAUGCGGAUCCAUCAAAGCUGAAGACCGCAAAUGAAGAGGAGGUUUACAUUACUAUUGCAGUGACGGAUUUGGGACAAGAUAAUGGAUGGUUUACGCUCUACGAAGGAUCCCAUCAACGGAAACCACCCAUUGGAAACCCUGUGGACCUAAAUCUGAAAGCUGGUGACGCAGUCGCUUGGAGUGGCCGGAUUGUGUACUCUCACACCAGUGGCGGAGGUGGGAAGUUUAUUACUCUUGUUUAUCGACUACGCACUGCCUGA